AUGGAUGAUAUUCUAAUAGCUAAUGAAGCUAUAGAUUCCCGAUCAAGUUUGAAAAAAUCAGGCAUUUUAUGCAAAUUAGAUAUUGAGAAAGCAUAUGACCAGGUCAACUGGGAUUUUCUUAUGUUUAUGCUAGAGAAGAUGGGUUUUGGUCUCAAAUGGAGACAAUGGAUUAAAUUUUGCAUAUCUUCAGUAAGCUUCUCAGUGUCGAUAAGUGGUUGUCCAACAGGGUUUUUUAGUUCACAAAGGGGCUUAAGGCAAGAGAACCACCUCAAAAUUUUGAGACUAUUUCUAGUCUUGUUUGAAGGAAUGUCUGGACUUCAUGUUAACUGGAGAAAAAGCUUCUUGUAUCCAGUUAAUGAAGUGCCAAAUAUGGGAAAUUUGAAAUUAAUUCUUGGUGGUGAAGUGGGUGCUCUUCCAACUACUUAUUUGGGUAUGCCUUUAGGGGCCAAAUCCAAGUCUUUGGAAAUCUAG